ACAACAACCUCAACCCCUAGCAAGCCCAAGUCGGUCUUGUUGUCCUUUGAUGAGCGAAUUGCAUCUAGUGACCAAAGUGAUGAGGAAAUCGAUGAUCCUGAACCUCUGCAAGGAGCUUGGUUGCAUCCCAAACAGAGGGCGCUGUUCGAGGCCACUCAAAGUGACUCGUCGCCAGCCUUUGUUGACGUUAACAACGAUGUGACGAACGGGCCCAACUCCAUUGAGGUACCCUCUUUCAACGAGAUCGAGAUCUUAGAGGCCACGCAGCGCUCCCCAAUCAUUCAUAACGAUCUGCAGGAAGACGUGUUCGAUUCGCCCUGUAAUGAAGACGGUAGCGGCCAAUCAGACUCCAAUCCAUCAACCGAGACAACGAAGCGCAUUUCGACUCUCUCCGGGGUCAAAAGCCUUCCAAUGAAACCCAUCAGUAGUGCCACAGAAGCCAUGAAUGAAGUGACGUCCACGAAAAAUCUCCAGGGUUUUCCGAAAUGGCAGAUUUUGGAGGAAGGGUCCACCGCCAAAUUGCCCCGAAAACGAUUCUUCGAGCCCCCUCCGAAUGAGGAACUCCAAAAACCGAUAGGUGGUACCCUCGACCCAAGAUGCAAACGACAACGGAGAGCUACAUUGCUCACGGAUGACGGUCCUAUCGACGUGAGCAUCGUUCCGUCCAAGGCCGUAAGAUGUCCCGGUAAGACGGACAAGUACCGAUGCCCAGUGACCAAUUGCCGACUUAAAGGCCGCCAAGGCUCACGGGUCUUCAUUUCACGCCAUUUCUGCGAGGAGCACAAAGACUUUCGCAGUUGGCGGGAUGUUUUCAUUAAGAAGGAUGCUCCUCCCUUCAUUCUGAAAGAUGCAGACCCCCCCAAAUCAGGUUCUCCCAUAAAGUCUUUAGACAGCCCAAGUGCUUCCGCUCAAAGGUGCACACCCUCACCCAAGGCCAGUCAUAUGAGUUCCUCUUCCAUGGGCAGACAGGAAGAGGACGAGCCUUUGCACGCUUUGGAGAAACAUGUGAAGUUUUCUGUCCAUUCUCAAGAAGAAGAAAUUUCUCCACCAAUUAUGACUGCUCAAUCAAGUUCCAUCACCUCUGGAACCGAAACCUCUUGGGCGCAAACUGCACCCAUUUGUGCCUCUUCAGAGGUCCAAUCCGGACAGAUCUGCACCUCAUCUGAGACCCAGAACAUGGUGUAUCAAACCAGUCCACAAAUGAUCCCUCAAGUAUUGCCGCAAGUGUCUCAAGCGCCUCAAAACAGUGUUCCAAUCCGAUCUGAGCCCAUGGUUACCGUUCAAGUGCCGGCUUCUAGUUUUUUCUCUAGCCAAAAUCUAGCUCAACCCAUGAUUCCGCAAUCAUUCCCUAUGGUGAAUCCAUAUCAGCAAAUGUCACAAGUGCCUCAAGCUCAAAAUGUGCCAAUGGCUCUUGUUCCUCUAAGUAUGCUCAGUGGCCUCCAGGCUCAAAAUCAGCAAUGUGUGCCACAAGUCAUAUACCCACAGCAAAGUGAUCAAGGUCAAGGGGUACAAUUCUUGUCGCCCCCUGGACCAGUGAAUAUGGCACCAAUACCAAACAAUUCGUGUACCACCACAAAGACAGAAAAUUCCGAAAUCAUGGUUCAAGGCCAAAAAUACAAGAUUAUUCAGGUGGCUGUGCCAUCGAAAAUCACACCGCCUUCAGCAGUGAAAGGUGGUCCCAUCAAUGAAAGUCAUAAACCCGUUCACCUGCUACCAAUUUCUCAGGCAUCGCCAUUGUGGCAUCAAGUAGUGAGCUCAUUGAAUAGUCCUACACCAACCUCAAUAAUUGGUCAAAGUCAAGCGUCCAACACUAAAGUGGUUUCCAGUGGGACAGAUCCUUGUCAACCAAUCAAGCCCAUUUCCAACAUCCCAACUAGCCAAAGCAGCAACCCUAGCUUAGGCGUUGGUCCAGGGUCUCAGGCCUUUGGUUUAGCCCCUCAGUAUCAUCCGCAAUUGCAACAAGUUUUGCACCAAUCGCAACAACAGCAACAUCAUCCAAUGACCUUCCAAUACGUACAACCAACACAACAGGUUCCACAAAUCCAAGCAGGUCUCCCUCAUCAUAUGUCGAUGAAUCUAGUCUCCAUGUCCCAACUGAUGCCACAACAUCAACAACAACCACAGCAACAACCACAGCCUCAGGCGUACCCACACAACCAACCACAACAAACUUUUAUGAUUCCUAUGUAUGCUCAGCCACAACAGCAACCGCAACAAUGAAAAUACGUAAUUAUAUGAAAUUUUAUUUUUGAAAUUCCCGAUCUCUUCACAUAUUAAGAGCUCUUUUCUAUGAAUCAAUCCCAUACGUAAACAUGAACAUUACUGGUAAUGCAACUAAAUACCACAAUAUCGUUCAGCUUAAAUGAAUACAUCGUCACCUAUUGAAAGCCUUCCUC